AUGGGUCUUGGAAUAAACACAAAAUCUGUUAGAGGACUAAGAAGAUUUACAAGAAGUAAGACCCAAGUUAUUUUCUUCGAUAAUUCCCGUUCUCCAAAGACAAGUAAGAACACACAGAAGCACCAGGAAUGCAGGGAAGACCAGCCUGCUGAAAAUAUUCCACAAGUGAGUAAUGUUUUGAAGGCCGAGGAGAGAAUGUUUCCUUUUGAGAAGCUCCUAGAAACCUUUACCAACUUGGAAAAAAAGAAGAUACAGAAAACCUUAAGGCCCUGCGAUGGCAUCAAUCCCAUGAAGACUUUGAGGAAAGAUUCAUUUGCAGAAAGGUAUUUUGACUCUCCUUCUGGGACCUUCCUUGGAAAAGAGAGACAUAUAUCUUCAUCUUCUCAAGAGCGUACAUAA